CGGCCUGGCCGCUCGCUCGGGCCGGCUGUGGCGGUGAGCUCCCGGCUGCGGCUGUGCGGCCGCUGUGAGACUCCAGGGAAUCGGAACAGACCUGGGGGAACAUUUUGGUUUAAGGAUUUGUGUGAAAUGGUUUUCAUAUGCUGAACUCCAGCUUGGAUUGCCUCGUGGCUGCACGUUGAGAACUUUGUAAAAAGCGGGAAGUCAAGAUGAAGAGCAGGGUGACACAAGUAAAUCAUGGUUCCAGUCAUGACAGGAGGGAAAACCACAGUUCCCGACAUGACAGUUUGUCUCCAGAGGACAGGGAUAUGGAGCGUGAUAGGUCUCGGUCUCGAUCGCCCAGGAAGAGGAGGUACUCUGAUGACAGCAGAUAUGAUGAGGAAUAUUCAAGACGGGAAUACUAUGAUGACAGAACUUCAGAUGGAAGAAGGGUGGAGAGGGGGAGAGACAGGCACUAUGAGAGAUGGGAGGACAGAGACUAUGAUCGAAGGAAGCAGAGACGGUACUCGUCACCUGAGCGCAGGAGUCCGGAGAGGUCGACAGGCCAGAGCUCAUUUGCUCAUGAUGAGACCACCUCAAAGAAGAAGAAAGAAGAGGUGGAUCCAAUCCUCACUCGCACAGGUGGUGCAUAUAUUCCACCUGCCAAGCUCAGGAUGAUGCAAGAGCAAAUUACUGAUAAAAAUAGCUUGGCAUACCAGAGGAUGAGUUGGGAAGCCUUGAAGAAGUCAAUCAAUGGUCUUGUCAACAAAGUGAAUGUUUCUAAUAUAGAAAACAUCAUUCAUGAGCUCCUUCAGGAGAAUAUUGUUCGGGGAAGGGGAUUGCUGUCUAGAUCCAUUUUGCAAGCUCAGAGUGCCUCUCCGAUUUUUACUCACGUUUAUGCAGCUCUUGUGGCAAUCAUCAAUUCCAAGUUUCCGAAUAUCGGUGAAUUGAUCCUCAAGAGGCUGAUACUGAAUUUUCGUAAAGGGUAUCGCAGAAAUGACAAGCAACUCUGUCUAACGUCUUCGAAAUUUGUUGCACAUUUGAUGAAUCAGAAUGUGGCUCAUGAGGUUUUAUGUUUGGAAAUGCUCACUUUGCUGCUUGAAAGGCCUACUGAUGACAGUAUUGAAGUAGCAAUUGGAUUUAUUAAAGAGAGCGGGCUCAAAUUAACAGAAGUUUCUCCUAGAGGUAUUAAUGCAAUCUUUGAUCGUCUUCGACACAUUCUGCACGAAUCCAAAAUCGAUAUGCGCGUUCAGUACAUGAUAGAAGUCAUGUUUGCUGUACGCAAGGAUGGCUUCAAGGAUCAUCCAAUCAUUCCAGAGGGAUUAGAUCUCGUGGAAGAGGAGGAUCAGUUUACUCAUAUGUUGCCAUUGGAAGAUGACUACAACCCAGAGGAUGUUCUUAAUGUUUUCAAGAUGGAUCCGAACUUUAUGGAAAAUGAAGAGAAAUACAAAAUGCUGAAGAAAGAAAUUCUUGAUGAAGGUGACACUGAAUCUGAAGGAAAUCAAGAAGCUGGAAGUAGUGAAGAAGAUGAAGACGACGAUGAAGAGGAGGAUGAGGAUGGUCAGAAAGUUACUGUCCAUGACAAAACAGAAAUUAACCUGGUCUCCUUCCGUCGUACAAUUUAUCUGGCUAUUCAGUCAAGCUUAGACUUUGAAGAAUGUGCUCACAAACUGCUGAAGAUGGACUUCCCUGAAAGUCAGACUAAAGAACUCUGCAAUAUGAUACUUGACUGCUGUGCUCAGCAAAGAACAUAUGAGAAAUUCUUUGGGUUACUGGCAGGGCGUUUCUGCAUGCUCAAGAAAGAAUACAUGGAGUCCUUUGAAGCCAUUUUCAAGGAGCAGUAUGAUACCAUUCAUCGGCUGGAAACCAACAAACUGAGGAAUGUGGCCAAGAUGUUUGCUCAUCUCCUGUACACUGAUUCAAUUCCCUGGAGUGUCCUUGAAUGUAUAAUACUGAGUGAAGAAACUACCACAUCCUCCAGUAGAAUUUUUGUCAAAAUAUUCUUUCAGGAACUCAGUGAAUAUAUGGGACUUCCAAAUUUAAAUGCGAGAUUAAAAGAUGUGACACUGCAGCCUUUCUUUGAGGGGUUGUUGCCUCGGGAUAACCCAAGGAACACUCGCUUUGCCAUCAAUUUCUUCACUUCCAUUGGCCUUGGAGGACUAACGGAUGAAUUACGGGAACAUCUUAAAAAUGCACCAAAGUUGAUCAUGACCCAGAAGCAAAAUGUUGAGUCGUCAGAUUCCUCCUCAUCUUCAGACACAGACUCUUCCUCAGAUUCUGAUUCCGACAGCAGCAGUAGUAGCUCAGAGUCUUCGAGCAGCAGUGACUCCUCAUCUAGCAGUGACAGCAGCAGUGACUCAGAUGUUUCUAAAGCCAAAAGGAAGAGAACGCAAAAGAAAAAUAGAGAAUCUGAUAAAGUUUCCAGGAAAAAACAAGAAAGGAGAAGGAAAUCGCUUGAAAAGAAAAUUGGAAGGAGGCAGCGAGAGGAAAGAAGUGAUACUGAGAGCAAAUCAGAAAGAAAUCACCAACAUUUAAGAGAAUCACAUAGGAGAGAUGAUGUUUCAAAGUACCACCACAGAAAUGAGUCCAACGGCAGAGAUGGUUACCACAGCGGAAAGGAUAGGAACCAUGAAAGAAGUAAGGAUCCAGAAAAUAAACACAGUAAUUCCAAACUGAAGAAAGCAGAAAGAAGAGCUUCUCUGUCUGAUGAUGAAAAUUACAGACGUAGGAAUAAAGACGAUGGACAUCGUAGUAGUAGGAAAAGAGAGAGAUCCAAGUCCCGCGAGAGGGAGCGUGGCCGCUGCAGCCCCCGGGAGCAGGAGCAGGAGGAGCGCUCCAGGAACGGCUCGGAGAGGCAGCGGGACAGGCACAGCCGGUACCCUGAGCAGCACAGGGAGUCCCGCAGGAGCCACGACAGGCACAGGGAGAGCCCUCCUCACUGCUCCCCUCACCGCAGGGAGAGGGAGGGCUCCCUGCACCGCAGGGAGAGCCCCCCACACCAUAGGGAGAGGGAGGGCUCCCCUCACCGCAGGGAUAGCCCUCCACAGCGCCCCCCUCACCGCAGGGAGAGGGAGAGCCCCCCACACCGCAGGGAGAGGGAGGGCUCCCCUCACCGCAGGGAGAGCCCUCCACAGAGCUCCCCUCACCGCAGGGAGAGCCCCCCACACCGUAGGGAGAGGGAGGGCUCCCCUCAACGCAGGGAGAGGGAGGGCUCCCCUCACCGCAGGGAGAGCCCUCCACAGCGCUCUCCUCACCGCAGGGAGGGCUCCCCACACCACUCCCCAUAUCGCAGAGAGAGCCCCCCUGACCACUCCCCACACCACAGGGAGAGGGACAGCCCCCCUCACCGCUCCCCUCGCCGCAGGGAGAAGGACAGCUCCCCUCGCCACAGGCAGGGCUCCCCGCACCGCAGGGAGAGGGACAGCUCCCCUCGCCGUAGGGAGGGCUCCCCACACCGCCAGGACGGCUCCCCUCACCGCUCCCCACACCGCAGGGAGAGGGACAGCUCCCCUCGCCGCAGGGAGGGCUCCCCUCGCCGUUCCCCUCGCCGCUCCCCUCGCCGCAGGGAGGGCUCCCCGCACCACAGGGAGAGGGACAGCUCCCCUCACCGCUCCCCUCGCCGCAGGGAGAAGGACAGCUCCCCUCACCGCUCCCCUCGCCGCAGGGAGAAGGACAGCUCCCCUCACCGCAGGGAGGGCUCCCCUCACCGCUCCCCUCACCGUAGGGAGAGGGACAGCUCCCCUCACCGCUCCCCUCGCCGCAGGGAGGGCUCCCCACACCGGCGGAAAUGAACCCAGCCCCCUCGGCGAUCAAGGUGCAUUUCCAAGCUGGUAGAACUGUAUUUUAAAAUCUAUUCCUGAAGUUUCUUUGAAAAGAAGAUUUUGUACAAAGUGAUAGUUUGCAUUUGUAAAUUUUACCAGACUUUUUUCAAAUUUUCAGUAACACUUUUUUUUAUAACUGUAUCAUUGAAUCUUUCUGUUAUGUUCUUUGUUUGGAAAGACAAAGCUCUUUUAUUUUGUGAAUAAAACAGUAAGAUACCAGCAAAUUGGGUAUUUUGUCACUUAGUUUCAAAUAUUUCUAAUUGUAACUUCACAAUCUAAAAACCUGUUGGUUUUUAACUCCACUUGUUAAUUGAAAUCCAGAUGCUGAGGCUGGGGUGAUAAUGUAAGAAUUUCAGACUACGAUGUGAAUAUUACGUGAGAAAGUGAUAAAAUUUUCAAACAGACAUUCUAUAUCUGCAUGUUCUUUCAACCUUGCAAGCAUGAGAGCCUUUUGACCAAAAUCUUCAGGAAAUACUCAGUUGAUUUUUUUCUUCAAGACUUAAAAUUUGAAAACACAAUGUUGCUGUUUUAAAUGUCACAUGUGAAAGUGUGUCAGCUUGUUCUGUGACUUUUCACAACGUUUUUUAAUAUUGUGACAUCCUGAGCUAGUUUCACUUGUGAUCUUUUUGGAAAAAGGGUUGGUUUGGUUUUUACUUUUUCUGUUGUGACUUUGAUUUCCAAGUCUUAAUCUUCAACUCUAUCCGUACAGCUGGAACAUUUAAGGAACCUCUUUUCCAGUUUUUAAAAAACAAGAAAGCAAAACAGGAGAUGUUUCUAAUUUUUUAGGUGUUUUGAAGUUAUCAAGUUUUUUGGAAGCAGAGUUCAGAAAAAACAACCCUCAGUUUACUGCACCAUUUUAUGAUAUAAAAAUGUUCUGUUUGGGGCCAUGGGGUACAACUCUGUCUUGAUUUCAUGAGAAAUGAAUCAAAAUCAUCUGAUUAAGACUAAUUCUCAAUAGUAAGUUACAGAAAAAUUUGCAGUUUUUUUCAAUCUUCAGGAUUGAAAUAGGAAAUAGUUUGGGGGCAUGGUCAAUAGGAAAGAGGU